AUGUCUUUAUUUCUAACAGCUCUGCUUCACUUUACAGGUAAGAACAAUGAUAUCACAGAUAAAUCAGAUGCUGACUUUGAAACAUAAAACUGAAAAAAAUGUGUUGCUUGUUUUUAAAAAGAUGCUUUGUUGAAAGAAGAAUCAUUAAACUUGAUGACAGAAUUAUAUCAAGUUUAAUUUUCAUACUUUCCUCUUAUUUUCUCAGCAUCAGCAACUAAAGGUAAAAGGCGUACUGUCAGUGUUGGAGGUAAUGUUUCUUUGACCUGUGAAAACCUGAUAAAAGAGCAACCUAAGUGUGGAUUUACCACAUGGCUCUUCAGUAACCAAACAAAAUCGACAGAGCUGGUUAAACUCGGGCAGAUCAGUAAAGAUGUUGGAUCUAAAUCAGACAGACUGAGUGUUACAGAGGACUGUUCUCUGCUGAUAAAGAAGGUCUCAGAGGAGGAUGUUGGGCGUUACGACUGUCAACAGUACCCACCAGAAGGAAAACAAGAACCUGAUGCUCCAGUUUAUCUGUCUUUGGUUAACAGUGAGUAUUUCCAUCAUCGUGUAUCAACUCAAACCAUCUUAUUUUGAAACAUUACAAGAACUAUAAUCACAGUCUGAAUAUAUUUGACUCUUUUCUGUCAUUCUCACAAUAUCUCCAUCUUCAACAGUGACUGAACUAAAGAACGGUGAUAAGGUGACACUACGCUGCUCUGUGUGGACGCAUAAAGAUCUCAUACCUGGAGUAAAGUGGGUGUUUGAGGGUAAAGUUGUGGAUAAAGAUCACCAUGGAGUGAAUACAUCACAGCGUCUCUGCUGUUCUGAUGUGACCUUAAGACCAGAUCACCACAUGUACAGAUCCAGAUAUGAGUCACUGCAGUGUGAAGUGACUGACCGUGACAACAAGCAGCUGUUCCCCUUCAGACUUGUGCCCUCAGGUGAGAAGAUCUAGAUCUGACUAUGAUCACAGUUUGAACUUUAUUUGACCAUUUUUGUCUCUCUGACAAUAUCUCCAUCUUCAACAGCGAUCAAACUGAAGUAUGGUGAUAAGAUAUCUGCUCUGUGUGGACAUAUGACCACUGCAGACACACAGUGAAUCGGCCCUUUGAGAACUUACCUACCUAUUGAUUUGUGUUCAUUUAUUCGCUCAGACAAAGAACAGGACAAAUUAAAACCAACCACAGCUACAAGAAGUCCAACCCAACCGUCAACUGAAGAAGAAAGUACAGCAAACUCCCCAACAACUUCAACACCGACUGAAAAUAGCAUGACACCAAAAACCACAGCAGAGCCAAUGAGUGAUGAUCCAGAUGUAAACGGUAUUUGUUCAACAGUCUCUCCCUCUCUCUGUUUCACAGACGUAGAAGGAUAGAGGACAGAAGUCUGCUCCAAAUGCUUUAAAUAUUAUCCUCAUUCUGCAGGUCUACAAUGGUUGUACAUCGUCGGGGCUGUCCUGGCUUUACUGGCGCUUCUGAUCAUCAUUGUGAUCAUCAUCAUGUGGAAGAGAGCUAAAGGUGGGAGCUAACGUGAGACUUUCAAAUGAAGUGUUGGAUAAACUGGAUUUUCUGUCCGGUAUCUUAAAUUCACUCUUUCUUUUGUCUUCUCAGGGAGCGGAACAGAGAGGACUGACAAUACUGUGAGUUAAAAAACUGCUUUAUUACACAUUUUAUAUUCUGUAGCUGAGAAAGUUUCCCACACAAAGAGACUGUUUGUUUUUCAGACUAAGCAAGUUGAAAGAAUGAUAAUCGGAGAUGCAAAAAGGGCACAAAGUUCAUUUUAGCUUCACUCAUCCACCCGUCGACAUCAUUGACUGCACUGUCAGGGGCUUAAGUUCAAAUCAGCUCUUGCUUCUGUUGCAACAGUUUUUAGUAUUGUCAGGCAAAAAUCUUCAUUAAAAGUCCUAAAAAAUCAAGUUUGCAAAGAUUUCUCUGUUUACUUAGAGUUUUUUUAAAUGUACACUGAAUGCACAUGUGUUGUUUUUCUGCAAAGGCUCAAACCUGCAGAAACCAAAGUUAACCUAACCCAUGAAUACUUUUAACAACUAUUAAUUGUUUUUAUUGCUGGACACACAUCAGGAGAUAACUAACUUAACCCUGUUUGAUCCAGAUUUUGACUGUCACGUCCUCUGAGGACAAAGAAAAGUUUUGGGUUAAACCCGGAUGUUGUAGGAGGUCAAGGGAGUUGCUAACACCUCAGAAAGUUUGAUUCAAUUAUAAUGCUCAAGCUCAAAGUGCUCAUCAGAGCUGCAUGUUUAGAUGUUAUCGUUUCCUGAAUAAAGUGGUGAGCAGCAGAGUGUGGUCAGCCCUCAGAGAGUGAGAACGAUAAGAAAGUGAGUGAGAUGAAGCCGCUUGGCUGCACCAGAAAAGUAUCACACAGUUGUUUGUAAAAGCGCCAAAACCUCCUUACACAUCCCUGGUUUUGGACGCCAUUUCAAAGACGUGAGUUAACAGAAGAAACAGAAUUAAAAAUGUUGGACUGUGUCAGAAAACCUUUUUGUUGUCAUCUCUGUGUAGGCCGAUCCUGAAGAUGGUGUCGCCUACGCCUCCAUCAGCUUCACCAAGAAGAGCAGCCAGGUUCAGGUAAGCUUCCUGAUUGGUUAAAAUAAAAAUAAAAAAAAACACAAAUAAAGGUCAAAGCUCAUGUGAGGACAGAGAUGACACAAAUUUACCUAAUACUUUUAUCAACUCAAGGCUUUUUAUUUAAAAACUUUCAACCAAUUUUUCAUUCCUAUUUUUGACAUUUAACCUCAAAAGAGUGAGGAGCUUUUCUCACAAAUGAGAAAAAGACAAGCUGGGGGGGUGAGAAGGAAUCCAGGUGAGGAAAGAUGAGUAAAGGCUAAGGUGAAGAGAUUAAAGUAGGAACCAAGGUAAGAAGAGUUAAGUAGGAACCAAAGUAAGGAAAGAUGAGUAGGGCUCAAAUUGGGGAGUAAUAAAAGGGGUCUAGGUGAGAAGAGAUGUGUGGAGGUCCAGUUAAGGAAGGAUAAAUAGGGAUUAAGGAGAGGAAAGAUAAGCUAGGACCAAAUCAAGAAGAGAUAUGUUGGGGCCAAAGGGAAGAGAGAUGAGUAGGAAUCCAGGUGAGGAGAGAUGAGUAGCAUCGAUGCGUCUAAACAUUAAUUUCAUUUUCAUAUUUUUCAGCGUCUCUUGUUUUGCUGAUCUUUUCAGUUCAAUCAUCUCAUAUUUGUUGUUUUGUUUUCAUCAUGAUGUUUCAUUUACUGCUUUUCUCCUCAGUCAUACAGUGUUCUGUAUUUUGUGUUUUUUUCAGGCCUUGGGUAAAGGUGAUGAUGAUGAUGAUGAAGGAGCAGUGACCUAUGCCACCGUGAACGUCUCCACUUCUUCUUCUGCUGCUGUCAGAGCCUCCAUGGAUCCCAGUGACCUCUAUGGCAACGUCAACAAAGACAGGAAAUGA